CUAUCAUUUAUAAACAAUCAUAAUGCUGUAAAAGAAACCAAAGUUGGAAGUAUAUUUUAUUACACCUGCCCUGCAUUUGUGUUGUGUGUGGGAUCAAUAAUUUCAUCCCAUCCCUACAAAUUAAAGUGCCUAACUUCAGACACUCCCAAAAGCUUCAACCUUCAACAAUGUCUUCUCAUUACACUCUUCCUUUCACCCAAACUUCCAUCUCCAUCUUCCUCCUCCUCCUCUCAAACUCAAUCCCUUAUUCCGCCGCCGCCGGCCGACCGGAAAAAACCACGCGACUCCACUUCUACUUCCAGGACGAGGUGUCGGGGAAGAACGCCACCGCAGUGCAGAUCACCGGAAAGGGGCUCGGAUUCGGCGCAACGUUCGCGGUCGACAAUGCGCUGACGGAACGACCGGAACUCAAUUCCGACAUCGUCGGACGAGCACAGGGGAUGUAUUCAAACACAGCUCGGAACGACUCGGCGCUGCUGAUGGCUGUCACGUUUGUGUUCACGUCGGGGAAGUACGACGGGAGCAGCGUCAGCAUGCUCGGAAGAAACCGCGUGUUUGACCGCGUCCGGGAGAUGCCGAUCGUCGGCGGGAGCGGAGCGUUCCGGAUGGCCCGGGGCUAUGCACUGGCAAGCACGGCUUGGUUCGAUCCCGAGACCGGGAACGCCUGCGUCGAGUACAAUGUUACUGUGGAACAUUUCGACGUCUGAGUUCCAAGCCCGUGUUUUGUCGUUCCGUUUCUUGAUGUUCCUCGAUUUUCUUCGACCUGCUCAAAUUUAAACAAUAAUUCCACUGCAACAACAAAAUCAAAUGCAACAAUCAAGAGACACCAAAUCGCGAAACUUACUGAUCAUUCAAAUUCCAACGAUAUUUGGCACCGAACAAAACAAUUACGCUACAAC